AUGGAUUCGCGGGAUGCGCUCCCGGACUCAGGGCAAGCUUCUGCUGCUCUUAAAAGCCGCAGCGUCAGCCCGUCGUCGUUUCACCACCAGCUCUACAACAACCCGUCGUCCGGCUUGACCAUUGACCCCUCCGUCACCACCUUCCCUCCCUUCGCCAACAAUCCUACUGCAACUACAACCACCGAUUCCUUUGCCUACUCUUCCCCGACCUAUCUCUCUGCGGCCGACCAGACCUUCGCGCCCGCUGAUCUCCAGAUCCCGCACUUUGACCAAGGGGCUUCCGAGGAGAAUUUCUCGAACCUCCUGAAUUCCAGUCCGGGGGACUUUGACUUCUACCAAACCACGACCCCCAAUCCUACCACUGGCACUGAAUACGACCCCUCGCUGUUGCUUGACCCUCAGGUUCACGGACAGUCACAGGCCCUCAACCAGGCUGUCAAUCCGGUCGACCUGGUGAGCCAGAUCCCGUCUCCGCACCCCUCCGCUGCAUCCCAGACCUCGCCGCUAGAACAACAAACCCACCAUUCCUCCCCUAGCCCUAUGUCUCCUCCCGGCUCCACGGGGCCGUUCUACACCCCUCAACACUCUCGCCAUACCUCUCUAGAUCCUGCCACCGCUGCCUACAUGACCGUUUCGCACCCCGAGUGGCAGGCUGUCAUGGCCAAUUCAUCCUUCCACGGCCAUCGACGAGCCCCCUCUGAGGUCUCGGAUGUUUCGUCGGUGGCCCAUUCCCCGUAUCUACAGCAGCAUGAUACUUUCGAUGCUGUUGACAAUAAUCCAUCCCCCUUGCUCGCCCCCCAACCCGACCCUAGCCUCUAUGACAACCCGGCGUUGGGAUUUGAGUCAUUUACUUUAACCGAUCCUCACCAGCAACAACAACAACCGCCGGGAAUAAGUCCCGGACAUAGCCCAUACCUCUCUCCGCAGCUGAUGCCCCAGCAAGGACAGGAAAUGAUCCCAACCGUACCAUAUAUCUCGAAUCCCGCAACGAGUUCACCAUAUCCAACCCCUUCCACCGAGGCUUAUGCAAAUGGCACCGAGGGCAUGGUUUCGCAGGGGAAUAUUAGCCCGGGAGAUAUGGGACAAGCAUCCCAGAUGGCCCCGCCUUCGAUCAAUGUCGAAUUCGCCCCUCCCUCAAGAACCCAAGUCUUUUCUCAGGAUAAGCCCGGCGCAGACAUGGAUUCCUUGAGCCCUCCUCCAUCAUUGCGUAUCUCUCGACUGCGCAGCAAGUCUGACCCUUAUGCACACGGUCCUAUAUCUCGCGCCCGCUCUCCAUCAUCCCCGUUAGCUACACUGGAUCCUCUAGCUGCAUCGUCGCCGCGGUCAUUGUCGCCCUUUGAUUCCACGGGGCGUCAUCCGUACAGCAACCCCAGCUCUAGGGAACCCUCCCCCUCUCGAUCCGCCAGGCGUCUGUCAACGUCGUCAAUUGAUAGCCGUAACUAUAUCCUCGGCCUGGCAGACCCGCAAAGACCUGGCAUCAACUCUAGCGACAAGCGCGUUCAAAAGCAUCCCGCUACCUUCCAGUGCCAUCUUUGCCCCAAGCGCUUUACCCGUGCCUACAAUCUCCGCUCCCACCUUCGUACCCACACUGAUGAACGGCCAUUUGUCUGCACGGUUUGUGGAAAGGCUUUUGCUCGUCAGCAUGAUCGCAAACGUCAUGAGGGCUUGCACUCGGGCGAGAAGAAGUUUGUUUGUCGGGGCGAUCUAGCCCGCGGGGGGCAGUGGGGAUGUGGCCGCCGAUUUGCUCGUGCGGAUGCGUUGGGUCGGCAUUUUAGGUCGGAGGCCGGCCGCAUUUGCAUCAAACCAUUGUUGGACGAGGAGUCUCAAGAGCGCGACCGUUCCCUCAUGGACCAGCAACAGCAACAGCAGCAACAGCACCUCCAGCCUGUUCCGCAACCUCUCAUGGUGCCUGGAAUGGAUGGCCAGCAUGCUAGCAACUUUGUUCUUCCUGCCGCCCUCCUUGCACAAUAUCCAGCUCUCCAGACUUUGCAAUGGGAUCAAAUUUCAGCGGGUGCUGAUGACCCAACUGAUAUUAGUGGACGCAGCAGUUUUGAUGCUAGCUCGGGUGGUGAAUUUGGAUACGACGAUGAUGAAUCCGGAAUCAGCGCCUCUGGCAUCAGCGGAGGAUACGCGAGCGACCAGGGCAAUAUCUACGGAGUAGAUAAUCAUGGUCAGAUGCUGGUCAAUCCCGGCGAGUCUACCUACCCAGACCUAAAAUGGCGGGAUCAAUAA